GGCCUAAGUAGUCGCAGCAGGCCUUGAAAGGUUCUCCGUUGCUAAGGCAACGGCGGAGCGGGGAAGCUCGGCGACGCUCUAUCCGGCGGGAGGACUCUCUAUGGCACAGAACGGCUGCCGUUCCGUCCUCCUCUCAGGAGUAGUAACAGGGAGCUGGGCUUCGUCGGCUGAGGCGUCAAGGCAGUGUUUUUGAUACCAUGCUGGACUACUGUAGUGGCUUCCACUUAUCUCAAGCACUAUCACCAAGUGUGUGGACUCCCUCAUCAUUCAUCUGGAGUAGGUUGUCAGAGUGACUAAGUCCAUUUCAGUCAUAUGAUCUGACCUGGUACUAGACAGAAGUGGGAACAGAUAUAUCCUGAUUUCCCGACUCUUGCAUCAAAAAACGAAUACAUAUACUGUCUGCUUUCUUACUGUCAGGACAAAGGGAUAAUCAGAAAUGUCAUAUUCAAGUUAUUGAACAACUGCUGAAGUGGUUCAUGCAGUUUUGAGACGACUCCUCCUUCUGGAUCUGUGAGAGGCAACAGAGAGCUCUUUAUGGUGUGGGAUUUCAAUACUGAAAAGUGCCCCUGCUACUUGGCACAGGAGCUGUCUUUGCUGCGGGAAGAACAAAACAGCUUCACCACAAGAAGGAAAGCAGAGGCAGGAUUAAGUCUCAUCUAGUAAUGUCCACCUUCAACUCCUUGCUGAACUAGAAAGACAUGCAUUCAAAAGCCAAAGGGCACUUGUCAGAAUGCAGCACCACAUAACUCCUUGUUUCAUUUUGACUUUUCUGCUUUCCUUGAAGUGUGCUACAACAAGGAUACGUCAAGAGCAGUAUCAAGGGAGAAACUCAUAAGCCAUUGAAGGGCCAUGGGCUUGAGCUAUGGCAAGCUUCAUGGCUCUUACAAGCUCAAACUCUUGAUUCUCUUCAGUUUGUGUAUCUUGCUGGUGGGUUGGGUCACUUCUACUUAUCUAUUGGAUGCUAUCCAUGAAAAUCCAAAGACACAAAGCUUAUUAGGAAACGACAGAAAAACAACCACUGCUACAGAGGAGCAAAAUGGAAACUCAGACAGGAUUUCCAUGCCUACUGUGAAUCUGCCCAUCACGAUGAUGCCCUGUCCCCCCAAGUCUCCCUAUCUGCGAGGCCCCAGCAAGCUUGCAUUCAAAGAUUCUCUCACCCUAGAAGAGGUGCAAAAAGAAAAUCCUCAGGUCACAAAGGGACGCUUUCAUCCCAAAGACUGCUUAGCUCUGCAACGAGUUGCUAUAUUGAUUCCACAUCGCAGUCGUGAGAAGCACCUAUUGUACCUGCUGGAGCACCUUCACCCUUUUUUGCAGCGGCAGCAGCUGGAAUAUGGCAUAUAUGUCAUCCACCAGGCUGGCAAUGCUAAGUUCAAUAGGGCAAAACUGCUGAAUGUUGGAUAUCUGGAAGCCCUGAAGGAAGACAGUUGGGAUUGCUUCAUCUUCCAUGAUGUUGACCUGGUGCCCGAAAAUGACUUCAACAUAUACAUGUGUGGCAGUCAGCCAAAGCACUUAGUAGUGGGCAGAAACAGCACAGGCUACAGGUUGCGUUACCAAGGAUACUUUGGGGGUGUAACUGCUCUAACACGGGAGCAAUUCUCAAAGGUGAAUGGAUUUUCUAACAACUACUGGGGCUGGGGAGGAGAGGACGAUGACCUCCGGAUCAGGGUUGAAAUGCAGAAAAUGAAGGUUAUCAGGCCUUCCCCCAGGGUAGCCAAGUACACAAUGAUCUUUCAUACAAGAGACCGAGGGAAUGAGGCAAAUGGACAGAGGAUGAAUCUUUUGCGUCAGGUUUCUCGAGUAUGGAAAAUGGAUGGACUCAACUCCUGUUCCUAUAACCUGCUUGCUACGGAGUACAACCCUUUGUAUACCAACAUUACAGUGGAUUUAGGCAAGCCAAUGAAGAUUUCAUAACCAUCUCUUUUGUGCCUCAUGGGUUUUGUCAGAAUGAUUGGGGAGGGGCAUCUUCUAGCGUUAGGGCUGGAGCAACUGGACAUCCUUGUUUUGGAUUCUUCCCCAGCAGCAAAUACAUGGGGUGGGAGGGAUAAUAAUGUGGUUUUUUGUUCAUCCCCAGUAAUUUUGAUAGAUAUUCCCUGCGGACAGCACUUAUCAUUUCAUGAUUGGGUUUGGCUGGGAGGCCAUUUCUGUCGGUCAGGUUUUUUUCCUUUGUUGAAAACAAUUUUUUUUUCAGAGAAGAAUUCAUCCCUCCCCUCCACCUGAAAGCUAUCCUUUUUAUAAUUGAUGUUGAAUCUCCACCUUUUUGAAGUGGAAAGAGGGAUUUAUACAAACAGUACUGCCAUACUUUUUCAAAGGUGCAAAGAUGAGACAAGGGCUAUUUCAUUCAACAUAAUGAAUUCAAUUUUCUUACAUUUUAUACAAAAUAGGCUAACAAUGUUGGCAAUUGCAGGUUCUUACACAAACCAGUGAUCAUCAUAAGCAAUAUCUGUAAGAACAGACGCAUUGAGAAUGAGAGAAAGCAGAAAACUGACUAGAAUGUAGCAGGUCUCACCAAAGAGGAGUCUGUUGUCUUAGUUAAGCUUUCCAAUUAGUGUGUCAGUUCAAGAAUGUGUCAGAAGCCUGUUUUAUUCGGCAGCUAGUUUGUAAUAAUGGCAGUAGCAAAGUUGUUUUUGUCGUUGGGUUUUGUUUUUUUUGUAUUUAAGAAGGAUGGCAAAUGAAUGCAGGAUUAAUAACAAGCAGGCAUUUGAAACUCCCUGCAAGGUAAACACUCUGUUCUGAUGCAGAAUUUCCUAGAAACACAGCAAGUGUCUUGGGCAGAAAAGGACUUCUAGGGACCUUUAAUUAAUCCUGGAUUUUGUAUGUAAAAGUAUAACCGGUUUUAUUGGGAGAAGUGAAACAUCACAACUUCUACAAGGACUUCAUGUUAGAACAAAAUUAACUUGUCUUUGUUUACUGGUUCUAUUUUUUUUAAGAAAUAAAAACUAAUUGGAAUUGUUAAAGAAAA